AUGACCUUGCCAAAUGUAUCAGAAGGAAAUACGAUAGCAGCUUUUCAAAACGGGUUGAGCAGAAAUGGUUCAAGGGCAACAAGAAAGUUAUUAAGUCGGCUUAUGAAGUACCCCCCAAUGACUUGGGAUGAAAUACAUAAUGCAUAUUGUGCCAGAGUCCUAGCUGACGAGGACGACCUCAAUGGCCCAACCCAUCGACUAACAUCGGUGCAACCAGAAUCCAGGAAAGAUCGAAGAAAUUAUAUUAGAAGAGAUCUCGCGGCCUCGCAAGCUAAUCGGGAACGACAUCUCCCAUAUGUUAGAACCACCGCUGCAUCUUCUUCCCGCCAUGAAGAGGGCCUACCCCAAUCAAGAACAGGGACUCACCAGAACGAGAGAGAGAUAGUCUACUCCUUGGAGAAGCUCGAACCAAAGGUGAAGUGGCCGCAAAAGAUGAUAUCAGACCCAAAUACCAGAAAAUCAGACGCCCUCUGCGAGUUCCAUCAAAAGCGAGGACACAAAACUGAAGAGUGCAUCGCCCUAAGACAGGAGGUCGUAAACAUGCUACGACAGGGAUACCUCAAAGAGUUGUUGAGCGAUCGGGGAAAGACUAACUUUGCCAGAGGACGUGAACAAUAUCAAGGGCCGCCAAAACUGCCCUCGUUAGCCCGCAUCAUCCACAUGAUCAUCGGUGGCGGGGACGACGCCUCCAUCAACAUCGUGAAGUUCACCACAACCCACAAGCUCAAACGGUCGAUCACCCAUGAACGAUAUGAUGAACUCAAAGAAAGUAUCGUCUUCGAUAAGUCAUAUACUGAUGGUUUGGACCUCCCUCACUAUGAUGCUCUUGUUAUCACUUUAUGA